AUGGAGGUGACCACUGCACACGCUACAGACUGUGCGAAGAAGGUCAACACGGCCGAGACGCUCCAGGCCUUCUUGGCGCUCCUGAAGCUGGUCAACGUCUCUAGGCUCCGCAAGCCGAAGUGCAACAAAGCAAUCAUGGACGAACUGGGCGGCUACGAGGAUCGGCUGCUACAGUUCGUCGACCUUCUCACGGCCACGUACAACAAGAAAGGCGCGGGGUGGGGGUUCUGCACCCUCGUAAUCAAACUGAUGAGACCGUGGACCGAAGAAAAGGCGCGUGAGAAGCUCGAUGAAGAAGCUCUAGUGCCGGAAAUGUACAAGAACUGGUGCAAGACGGGGCUGUUCUCCCUCGUGCCGGAGGCGCUUCUGAAGGAGCUGCAGCCAGCGUUCAAGGACGCCUUUGACUACGCUGCAAGGGUCCUGCUGGGCAGCUCUCAACCGAAGGCGGUCGCUAGCGGCAUGAAGCUGACCAAAGUGCUCUCGGCCAUGUGCGCUAUCCAAACGUACCUUCACACAAGGACAGAGCCCCUGGAGAGAAAUCUCAGCGGCAUCGAGCCCGUCGACGAUCUAGAGCGCUUCGACCUCCAAGAGGAUUGGGAAGACUUCUUGAACCACAACACAGCGCAGGGAAGAGGCGACCGUGACCGGAAGGACAGCGAGGGGCCCGGUGCGAAGAGGAAGCACUGGUGGACCAAUGUCGACCCGGACGAGUCCGACCGGUCGCAAUUUCCGUGCGCCCGGUGCGGCAGAAUGCUGGCUACCGCCAGCAGCCUCGCGCGCCACGUCAGCUGGGCCUGCCCCGCGUCCAAACCCCAUCAGGCGGCUGCCAAAGGAGUCGAUGCCAAUGAGGAAGAGCCCAGCGGCGCAGAGGCAAACGAUCAGGCGGAGACGGAGACCACGGGUCAAGCGCACCGGUCGAGCAAGAGACGCAAACCAGCGACGUCUGACGCAUCGGACGGCGGAGAAAGCUUCGCCGAGCCCGCAUUUUACGUGGCCACUGCCUUCAAUACACGUGUCGACAAGAUCGUGAAGAAAGGGGCGCGCAUGUUUGCCGAGGCAACUAGCGGCCAAUAA